AUGAAACUAUUAAUAACUCUGAUUAUUCUGUUGAGCUCAUCGGAUCAAGUUCAGGCUUUCUCUGAACGCCAGCUUCAUUUUGAAAUCACUGAAGGCGUUCCAAACGGCACGCUAAUCGGUCGCGUUACUUACCCGGCCACUGGGCAACACCUCCAUGAUUCUUCAUCCAGGAAUGAAAUUGCCCAGAAUGGUAAGCACGAGCAGAAAGGACGGCCGAUUCCAAAAGAAGAGGAAGAACCAGGAGAACAGGCGCAGUUCCGCUUAAGUGGUCAAUGCGAUUUCGCGAGUUUUGAGCCGAAAUCGGGCGAAAUUCGAACGGCAGUCGAGAGAUUGGAUCGAGAGGCGAUUCGGGAGGCGAAUGCCACCUUUCGGAUGGUGCUCGUCUCACCUGGACAUGCCAACAUCAUCACGGUACACGUGCAUGUGCUCGAUAUCAACGAUAACCAGCCAGUGUUUCCAUCCACACUUCAGGUAGAGUUUGGCAGCAUUGGUGAGGUGGGCAAGAGUGCCGGUGGCUCAAGCGGUAAGGUGUUAGCCUAUUGUACGGACGGCCGCGGGUUCGGUCCCGGCCUAGGCCUAAAUGUUUCCGUGGUGGAGUCGGCCGCCAUCGGUACACGGAUUGCGUUGCAGUCGGCACGGGAUGCCGAUUUGGGCGAGAACGGCACCAUAGUGGAGUAUCGCAUCAUUUCAGAGGAUUCCGAACAGGAGCAGCAGCCCGUAUUCUCUCUAGUUCAUUCAACAGACUCUACAGCCACGACCUCAGGUAACGACCUGCUACUACUCGAACUCCAGCGUGAGCUGGAUCGUGAAACGCGAGAUUUCUACGUCUUCAAUAUUUCGGCCGCAGACGGAGGCGACCCUCCUAGGUUUGGCUACUCGACUGUGCAUGUGCAUGUACUAGACACGAACGAUAACGCACCAAAAUUCGAGCGAUCUCAUUACGAAGUGUUUGUGUCACCGAAUUCACUUGAUGAAAUUAACCAUCAACUGGUGACAGUGCACGCUCGUGAUGCUGACAGUGGCCGGAACGGACGAAUUAGCUAUCGACUCUCCGGAGCCGGGGCCGGUGGCGAGGAGCAGUUUGGAAUUUGGACCGAGAAUGGGACGAUUUUUGCAAAGGAACGCAACCUGAAUUGCUCAAGAACUACUGCUACUACUUCAACUGUUAAUCCAAGUACUGGAGAUCUGAAUAGCAGCUCUAUAGACUCUAAAUCGAGGCUGUGUGUCAUUUCGGUGGAAGCCCAGGACGACGGCGAGCCUCCGCUGGCUGGACAUGCGUUUGUGAAUGUGUGGUUAACGGAGAGUAACGACCACGAUCCUGUUAUUCAUUUCAGAAUGUAUCCUCCGGAAUCGCGUUUCGCCUCGAUCAGUGAGGCUGCCCAGGUGGGUGAUACAAUAGCCGUGGUUACGGUGACCGAUGAGGAUUACGGUCAAACUGCCGCGGUACGCAUUGCUGACCAGGGCCGAGAAGACAACAGCAAGGUGGAUCAGGCUGCCGAGAGAGGACGACAGACCUCCGAUGGCAACUCGGCAGAUUUAUUUCGACUGGAAUCUGGACAGAAUUUUGGCGUGGUUCGGCUGAAUCGACCGUUGACCAAUGAGGAUCUCACAAAUCAGCCAUUCCGGAUUAAGCUGAUCGCCACGGAUAAUGGUUAUCCACUAGCAAGACAGGCGCAUCGCACUCUUCAGGUUUUCGUGUUGAGACGCAACGAGACGGCUCCACAGCUGCACGCCGAAGCUAUUGAGCUGCAUCUGCGUGACGACGCGCCUAUUGGAGCGCUAGUGACUGUGGUGCGAGCCCAGGGUGCCGAAUUGAUGAAUUUCAGCAUUGUAACGCCGGUUGGGACGGUGGAUAAAUCUUCGAAUCCGGAAGCAUUUUUCCGCAUUGGCGAACAUUCAGGCGUCAUAACGGUGGCAAGAUCGUUGCGGGAUAUCCAGCAGAACCGCAAAAAUUCGGCCAGCCCACGAACCCAUCAACUUCAAGUCGAUGUCCGCACCGCCAGGCCAAGCCUGAAAUCCGCACGCUGCGCCGUCACCAUCCACAUUGAUUCCGUUCGUCGCCGCCCUCCAGUUUUCGAAAAAAAGCAAUAUUCCAUCGAGGUGCCUGAGGAUAUAGCGCUGCAAAGUGUGCUACUCACUGUCAGAGCUCUAUAUCAGGACAGUGCAGACAAUAGCAGCCAAAUAUCGUACAGUAUUGUCGAGAGUGCGGCCAGGACCAUGUUUGCCGUUAGGGAGAAGACUGGAGAAAUCGUUUUGAGACGCCAUCUGGAUCGUGAA